AGAAUGCCUUUAUAUGCUCUAGCAUUAUGAUUUCCCUUCCCAUAUAUACAUUCUCUUUUUUCUCACUUCUUAAUUGUUGCUCUGGGGGUUUUCAGCUGUUGUUCUGUUAGUUACUGUAUAUGGUUCUGAAUGAUGACCCCACCCAACCUUGUCAAACAUGUCAGUUUACAUGGUAACGUAUGUUUAGGGGUACAAAAUGUCAUCAUCAGCCAACAUUUAUUGUAUCUUGAUGAAUAACCCCACGAGAAAAUGGCUUUUUAUUUUAUCACUGAAUACCAAAUGGAUAUACAGUGGUACAGUAACUGCUUUGUUUUAUCUGCAUUAUCCAAUCCUUGGUAGUUGGUAAAUUUAUAAAAUUAUAGUUUUCUAUUUAAAAAGUAUUUUUUAUGAAUAUCAUGGCUAUCAGUGAAAUUUGAAAGACUGAUUUUGUUUAUAAAAAAAAUAACAAGGAUUUGUUUAUUUAUUUAUUUAUUUAUUUAUUACAUUUUUUCUGCUUUUUUCUUUCUUUCUAUUAUUUAUUUUUUUAUUUUGCAAUUUGAAACAUUAUUUUAAAUUGAACUUUCCUCUUGUAUUACAAUUUAAAAUUUUUUGUUAGAUCUAUUAUUCAUACGUGAAUACGCACAAAGAGAUGCACAAUCACAUCAAGACUGCCAUUUGUCAUAAUCUCUCUCGGGGCCACUAUGUUACUAUGUCUAUUAUAAAUAUCGGUUCAUAACUGUCGUAUUCUUCAGGGCUGGGCUCACAUCUUAAUGAACCCCUUUCAUCUCAAUCCUCCAGCACAUUAUCCAUGUACAUAAUUUGUAAAAUGUCGUCUAUUCUCUUUGUACUUUAGAAACGUCUUGUCUGUGAGAGAGUCUUGGUAAUUUGUAGUGACUGAUCCUCUUCUGUCAGUAUUAUCACUGUGCUCAUGGUUUGUAUAAGAUUAUGGCAGGCACUAAUGAUAGCACAGCUGAGGUUUUCUUUAUACAUCAACAAAUAUUUCAGGUUGCACUGACUGAGGGACCGAUUUCAAAACUUAUUGUUGCAACAGUAAUGUCACUGUUCUUUACUUAUUUGAAUGCUAUCAUGGUCUACACUCUUUGGAGUCAGCCUGUUUUAAAAGAGACUCCACGCUACAUUCUCUUUACCAACAUGCUGCUCAAUGACUCGAUUCAGCUCUUUGUUACCUCCAUGCUGUACAUCUUCAGUUUGUUAGUCUUCAAAUUAGUCACAGUUGCUUGCGCUUUUCUGAUUUUUCUUUCAACUGCAACAUUCACAAAUGCACCUUUAAACCUGGCUGUGAUGUCACUAGAGCGUUAUGUGGCCAUAUGUUUUCCUCUAAGACAUGCUGAAAUAGCCACUCAGAAAAGAACUCAUAUUGCCGUUGCACUCAUUUGGUUUACUGGUUCCAUAAACUUCAUAAUUGACUUGCUUUAUGGACUGGCGAUGGAUUCUAACUUUUUAACCUCACAAAUAUUUUGCACAAGAGAAAGGCUUUUCAAGAAACCAUGGCAACUAGAUGCUUAUCAGGGCUUUAACAUAUUCUACUUUGUGUCAGUGACUAUGAUCAUCCUUUUCACUUAUAUCAGCAUUUGGCUCACAGCCAGGUCCAUCUCCUCCAAUAAAUAUUCUGCUGCAAAAGCCCACAAGACUGUGCUGCUGCACCUCUUUCAGCUGGGACUGUGCCUUACUUCUUUUCUUUACAGCAUCAUGGAGCGAGCUGCAGCAAUGGCAGGCAGCAGCAGCCUCUUCUUGGACCUGCGUUAUCUAAACUAUAUAUUUGUGCUGAUUUUGCCACGUUGCUUAAGCCCACUCAUCUAUGGACUGAGAGAUGAUGCUGUACGGCCUUUAUUCAUGUGCUAUUUCCGCUGUGCCACAGGCAAACGCAAGUCUACUGUCAAUGUACGCUGA